AUGAGAUUAGAAAAGUGCUGGUUUUGUUCUUCAACCGUGUACCCUGAACAUGGAAUCCAGUUUGUUCGUAAUGAUGCAAAGGUGAACCUCUAUUUUCCGAUUUGUAGAUCUAAAUGUCACAAGAACUUCAAAAUGAAGAGGAAUCCUCGGAAAGUAAAAUGGACCAAGGCGUAUAGGCCGGUGUAUGGAAAGGAUAUGACUCAGGAUUCAACCUUUGAGUUUGAGAGAAAGCCAAAUAGGCCAGAGAGAUAUGACAGGAAUCUUGCGAAAAACGUCCUCAAAGCCAUUCCAAAGAUUGAAAAGAUCAGGGUCACUAGGGAGGAGAGGCACCAUAAGAAUAGAAUGAAGGGCAAGAAAGAAAAGAUACAGAAGGAGGCAGCAAAGGAGUUGGAGCAGGGCAUCAGUUUGGUCAAAGCUCCUUUGGCACAAAAGAUUAAAGUCUCUGUUUCCCAACGGCAAUCAGAGGACAACGAUGCGAUGGAGGAUUAA